CCUCUCCCAUACAACACUUACCUCUUCCUCUCCUCUCUCUCCCACCCAUCCUUAAACUACAACCCCAUUUCCAACAACGCCUUCUCCAUAACACAACACCCAAAAAGAAGCCAAAAAAAGGACCCCAAAGAGAAGGGGGGAAAAAAAGAGGUUAACAAUGGGGAAGGUCAUCAACUGCACCUCUCCUCCUCCUCCUCCUUCUUCUUCUUCUUCUUCUUCUUCAUACUUGAUCCCAAACCUUUGCUCAGCUUUCCUCCUCCUCAUCUUUCUUCUCUACCUCUCCACCUUAACCUCACCAAUAAUCAACUCCGUAAUCCCAUUUCCUUCCUCCAACCAAACUCUCACCAACAAUAACCAUACUACCUCACAACAACACCCUCUUCAGCGUCGCUUCUCCUCUCUUCCGGCCGACGGAACAAACCCCGGCGACGUUUCAGUCCCCCGGGCCAAGACGACGAAGAAGAAGAAGAGGAUUAGUAAUGGGUUGGAAAGGAUCGAAGCCGGAUUAGCGGCGGCUAGGGAGGCGAUUAAGGAAGCGAUUAGGAGCAAGAACUACACGUCGGAUAGAGACGAGGCGUUCGUUCCGAGAGGCAGCAUUUACAGAAACGCCUAUGGGUUUCACCAGAGCCACAUCGAGAUGGUGAAGCGAUUCAAGAUCUGGACCUACAAGGAAGGCGAAAGGCCCCUGGUCCACGCCGGGCCCAUGAAGAACAUCUACUCCAUCGAGGGCCAGUUCAUCGACGAGAUCGAGACACCACAAAGCCCAUUCGCGGCCCAAACCCCCGACCAGGCCCACGCAUUCUUCCUCCCCGUCAGCAUCGCCCAAAUCAUCACCUACAUCUACAAACCUUUCACCACCUACGACCGCGACAGGCUGGUCCGGAUCUUUCGGGACUAUGUCCACGUGGCGGUGGCGAAGCACCCUUACUGGAACCGGAGCUCCGGCGCCGACCAUUUUAUGUUGUCGUGUCACGAUUGGGCGCCGGAGCUGCCGCGGUACGACCCGGAGCUGUACGAGAACAUGAUACGGGUGCUGUGCAAUGCCAACAGGUCCGAAGGGUUUCAUCCGGUUAGGGAUGUGACGAUGCCGGAGCUCAACACUCCGCCGGACAGGCUCACGCCGGAGGUUCGGGACUGUUCGUCGCCGGGGAGACGGAAGACGCUCGCCUUCUUCGCCGGCGGGUCGCAUGGGUACAUUCGUAAGGUGCUGCUCGACCACUGGAAGGACAGGAACGACGCGGAUAUUAGGGUUCAUGAGUACUUGAACAAGGGACAAGAGGACUACAUGAAGCUGAUGGGACAGAGUAAGUUCUGCCUGUGCCCUAGCGGGUACGAGGUGGCGAGCCCGAGGCUGGUGGAGGCCAUGUUCGCCGGCUGCGUUCCGGUGAUCCUCUCGGUGAACUACAGCCUGCCGUUCCAUGAGGUUUUGGAUUGGACAAAGUUCUCGGUCGAGAUUCCGGUGGAGAAGAUCCCCGAGAUCAAGACCAUAUUGGGGAAUGUCUCGGAGGAGAGGUACUUGGAGUUGCAGAGGAAUGUGGUGGAGGUGAGGCGGCAUUUCGAGCUGAACCGGCCGGCAAAGCCGUUUGAUGUGUUGCACAUGGUUCUUCACUCUAUUUGGCUUAGGAGACUUAAUGUUAGGCUUUCUAGUCAGUGAUUGACACUUUGACAUGUGACUUGGACAAGUUUUGGGUCACUCUUACACACACAUAGAUAUAGGAGGAAACACAUUUGAUUAUAGCGAAGUUCAGGUUUUGUGAUUGUAAACUUAAUUACUUUUUGCAUUACCUAGAACUAUUUAGAGAUACAAUUUCAUUGUUGAAAGUAUGAAGACGAGCAACUUCAAGAUGAUUUUGUGUGUGUUUUGGAGGAGAGAUACUUGAAUUCCUAUCAUAUAUUUUCUGCGGUUUCUCUUGGUAAGUGAAGGCACGAGGACGAGAAAGAGUAGUCUUGACACACUUGAUAAACGACUGCUGAUCCAUAAUAAUCUAUAUCUCAAUUU